AUGGAUAUCCUUUCAGCUCACAGUCCGAUCAAGUUCGGUUUUCCAUCGCUGAAGCUUUUCAGUCUUCCUCCAAGCCAGCCUUACAAGCCAGUACCGCGGCCGCCACCUGCCACGCCUUCGCAUGUGCUUGCAAACUCGCUUUUCCAGCGGAUAACGAUUGACCCUGACCUAUUCUAUAUUUCUCUUGACAUCAAAUUUGUCCUCACCUUUACCGCGAUAUAUGUUACCACAGUGCUUUACCUGAAUCAAUUUAACGCAAGCCGCCAGUAUCGGCCAUGGCGUUUCACCAAAACUUCUACCUUCAAGGCACUGGUUGUGGCGCACAACGCUUUCCUCGCACUGUUUUCGGCAUGGACUUUUUGCUCGCUCUUCACGAUCCUAUUGCCCCUUUGGGACUUGGCUGUCGCAGGGGCAGGCCCUAAUUAUUACGCUCAUGUGGCGGAACUACUCUGUGAAACCGACUCCAGUGAAUAUCGAGGUAUGAUUUCCCUCAUUAAGAUGAUUAUAAAUGUGAGGACACUGAAUCGUCUGAUAAUGGUUAUUCUUCUAGUCCUGCCGAUCUCCAAAAGUCUUUGGGAAGCUGGAGGCAGUUAUGUCGGCUGGCUCUUCUAUAUGAGCAAAUUCUACGAAGUCGUAGAUACCCUGGUCAUUCUCGCACGCGGGAAAAAGAGCUCUACAUUACAAACAUACCACCAUGCCGGAGUGAUCAUAUGUGGAUGGGCAACGGUACUAUAUGAAUCCCCAUUGGGUGCUAUUGGUGUGGUUUUGAACUCGGCUAUUCAUACAUUGAUGUACACGUAUUUUACGAUUCAAACACUCGGCAUCUCUGUGCCCGUCGGUUUCAAACGUACUCUGACCAAGCUUCAGCUUGCACAAUUCUUCGUCGGCUGGAUCUGGGGCUAUACAUAUUUGUUCAUGAGCUACAAGGUCCCAGUGGACGUGACUGCAAAACGUAUCAAUAAUGGGUCAACGUCAGCUUUGGACCCUGGCAAACCCCAUGAUAGCACCCCCAUGCCAGACAUCAAGACGGGCGUGUCGACGAGUGAGAGUGCAGUAUCAUGCUUGAGCGAUAGUGGUGAAGCAUUUACCAUUAUCGUGACAAGCAUCUAUAUUAUCCCUUUGAUCUACCUCUUCGCACAAUUUUACAUCAAAGCAUAUUUGAAACAGGGUAAAUGA